GACCAGUGUUUGUUUCCUACUCAUGCAUACAGCCGGGGAAGGGACACGUCGGAACGGCUGUAUGGCAGUCUCUCACCCUUCUGCAUUGAACGAUAAUGAACCAUCUUUACACAGGUGGCGAAGGCCAUCAUGCACCCCAUAAUAUAUGUGGCCGUCCUACAACACCAUGCCCCCCAGCUGAUCCCCCAGCACUCUCAUCACGACAGUGAGCGUCUGGUCAUGGGGGGCCGACUCUGUUGUUUCGAUCUCAACAUAGCGGUCCUGCCCCCAAUCGGGCCAAUGCUCCGUCAGCCGAAUGAGUGUCAUCUGCCCCUCGCCCAUCGUCUCACUCCCAAACACCACCAGCCGGCAAUGCCAUCCGUCCUCCCGCUUUUUGUCAAAUACGGCCGCCCUCCAGUGCGCCACAUCGCUGUGAGAGGCCGCCAGUAGCUCACCCAAACGAAGGUACUCAGCAGAAUCACGACGGUGAGUCGCCCAGGAUCCGACCCGCCUGAUCUGGCGGCCACAACGAAGCCAGCCGAACAGAAUGAAGGCCACCAUGGACGUGUAAGUGGGGUACAGGUAGCCAGCCAGCUGUGUGGGUGGGUCGGCGGGGUCGAAUGCGGCAUGAGGGAAAUUGGGGCUGGCAGAGCUGAGGAGGGUGGGGAGCUGAUAGCCAUACGAGCUUUCGAGAAUCGAGUGGCCGUCCAUCAAGCGUGUCUGAUGACGGAUGAAGUCCACAAAGCGUGUCUGAUGACCUCCCUGAUUGAUAUUGAUCCUCCAGCUGAGUAUCCUCCACUGGCGGACCGCCUCCGUCUCACUCAUGAAGGCCGCCCGCCUGCCGAAGACGCCGAAGUUGUCAUCCCCCAGCACCAGUGGCCUCUUGAAUCUCAGCAGAUACAGUUUCUCCAGCACUGGUUUCCAUCUGGCCCACUUGCCGCCCCUCUCCAUCAUCCACAGCCGCCGGCUGAGCUGUUUGAUGAGGGCCCUGGUGGCCAACGUGACGGCCACCCCCUGAGUCAGCUGUGGGAUGGGCACCUCCACCAACACACCGAGGCCGAGUGACGCCACAACGAUAGGCAGCAGACGCAUCAGAAUGGGCAGUAGGACGUCAGGCGUAAGGGACACAGCCCGCACAGGUGAGAUGGGCGGCUGGCGGUCGGUGUCGAUGAGGCGGAAGUAGGCCAGCUGUGAGUAGCUCGUCACGUGUUGGGCGAUCCUCGGCAUCAGCGUCGCGACGCCCAACACGCCUCUGAGAGUGGUGUCCUGGUGGUGGUGGGGCUGCUGCUGCUGCGACGAUGCACUGCUGGCACCUGCAACACAAUCACACACAGCUGUGUGCCGGCAUGACUGUGUCAUUCUGCACUGAAGGGGUUGCUUACCAUUGGCAGCGGCCGACGCAGCAGAUGAAGAUGGCCCGUCAGCUUUAGAGUCACCGGCUCCUUCACGAGCGGCAGCCGACAUCUGCACACCUGCAGACAGACACAGCACAAACAUCAGGUGAUCAGGUGAGUGAAUGCGAAUGGGCGUAGCGGCCCUCUUGCCAUUUCCACACAGACAUCACACACACUGUCAUUGCUGAUGCCAUCAGGCCCUCCUGCCCGCCCUAUCUUACCUCAAUGCAUCAGAUCAGCGGGAGUCAGACAGAAUGGGCGGCGGCAUCUGUGUGGAUCGAUGACAUCACGACAGCUCUCCUGGCAUCUCCCACACACUCUACACUGCCCUGCUGUCGCCAAGAUGCCCCGAAAAGCGUCGUCCUGCAGGCUCGCAGAUGGAUCUGCUGUGUGCGAUUUGAUCAUCAUGUCGGCUUCUGCAUCAGCCGGACAGCGACC